UACCACGGAAUCUGUCAUUCUUGACAGUCGAGGCCGUGCUUGAAAUUCGGUGUUUGUCCAAUUUUUUUUUUUUCUAUAUCUUCCGGCAAGAGACCUCGUGUCUCGCGUGGCACGAUCCACGCAGUCUUAUCACUCUCCGCGGGACGUAUCACUUCUGACAGCCAAGGUUUACCUCUAUUCCGCUCUCACGAAAUUAGAGUCUCUAUUUAUUUCAUGAUUAUUACCGAAAGGAUGACAUAGGUCAAGACAAUAUUGCACGGAUUUAUUCAUGGACGCUAUUUUGAAUGUUUCAUUUACGCAAAGUUUGUUCUUACGUCUAUUACGUUUCUGAAAAAAAAAAAAAGUUUGUGUUCUGUAAUCAUCAGAGCGUGCGGAGUACAGUUGAACUCACGGUGACAGAAGCGGUCACGGUAAAACAGCCUUACCUACGGUAAUGAUUGCGUAACAAGUCUCUUCUUCACGGAAGCCCCACACAUCUCUUGGUUAAAAAAAAAAAACGACGUGUCGAACGAGUCGCACAAUAUCUCCCACCUUGCUCAUGGUUCAAGGACCGCAACCGGCACGGUCGGUUGCAAAUUACAAGAAGAAUACGAGCGCCCAGAGAGUACAGCGUCAACGACAUCGGCGGUGUGGGGGGAGACGUGAUUGUGCUUGUUACUCGAGUGAAGUGCUCUCACGGAGUCAAAAGUCAAGAGGGAAGGGCGUUUCGUGAGAAUCCGCGCGGCAGGAUUCAUACAAACCCUGAACACUGCCGAGAGAGCGUCGGAGAACUCUCGACGUUGACGAGACCAGGAAAAGACGUUCGAUUCGCCUCCACUCGACAUGGCCAAAUUCGCCAGGACCUCCCAGAAGCUGCUCCUGGCCCUGGAAAAUGGGGCCAAAAUCCGGGGACAUCGCAGAUGCGUCUCCAAUCUGCCGCGCGUCAAGAUCAUCGAUGGGACCAGCGGCGAGAAAAUCAUUCCCUCUCCUUAUGGGUCCAUUCCCAUCCCCGAAAUGCCGGUUCACGAGUACACCUGGAGGAACUAUACCCAAUAUGAAAAUAAAAUAGCGAUGGAAUGUGGGGCAACGGGGAGAAAAUACACCUAUGCCCAAUCAAGGGACUAUUCGAACUACGUGGCGAGAAGUUUAUUAAAUAUGGGUCUAAAAAGAGGAGAUGUCAUUGCCAUAAUUUUACCAAAUAUGCCAGAACAUGGAAUUUCGUUUCUGGGAGCUUUGGAGGCUGGUCUGGUCGUGACUACCGUCAAUCCAUUUUACACAGUUGGCGAAAUCUCGAGGCAGUUAAUUUCCUCGGACGCGAAGGGUGUCAUCACGAGUGUGGAAAUCGCCAAUACGGUCCUGGAAGCUGCGAGUGUCCUGAAGCCAAUUAAAGCUCCCGUAAUAGUGGUCGACGAUGGCACGGGGCCUAUUCCCGAGGGAGGGAUACCAUUCCAGGAUUUGAUCGAGAAGGGUAAAUCUCUGCCGGCCGUGCCGCAGUAUCCGUGGUCACCAAACAGCUUGGCAGCUCUACCUUACUCGAGCGGGACCACUGGCCUGCCAAAAGGUGUCAUGCUGUCGCACAUGAACCUCGUUAGCAAUAUCGAGAUGAUGGAGAAUACAAUAGGCCAGGAAGCCUGGAAUCCCACCACAGAUACCUUCCAAGAAGUGAUGCCGACCGUUUUACCACUUUUCCACAUUUACGGGAUGAACUCGAUAAUGUUGCCGCGAUUGGCGGCCGGCUCGAAGCUGGUCACUUUACCGAAAUUCCUGCCAGAGCUUUACGUCAGCGUUUUGGAUAAGUACAAGGCUACCGUAUUGUUCUGCGCCCCGCCGAUCAUCCUUUUCCUGGGAAUCUCUCCGCUGGUAAAGAAACAUCACUUGGAAAAUGUCCACAGUGUCAUCAGCGGAGCUGCACCCAUUGGCGAUGGUGACGUCCGUCGAUUUUAUGAGAAAUUCCAACUGGAUAAAAGUAAAGUGUCAUUUUACCAAGGCUACGGUUUGACGGAGACGUCUCCCGUGACUUUCCUCGAGAAAUCCAGUAAGAAGUUCAACAGCAUCGGCAGACCGAUCUGUAACAGCGAGGCGCGAUUGGUGGACCCCAUCACGAAUAAGGACGUGAAGGCUCCGAGAGAAACCGGCGAAUUAUGGGUGAGAGGGCCACACGUCAUGUUGGCGUAUUACAAAAACGAGAAGGCUACUCGGGAAAUCAUCAACGAAGAUGGUUGGUUAAAGACCGGGGACCUUGCCUAUUACGAUGAAGAAUUCGACUUCUUCAUCACCGACAGACUGAAGGAACUUAUCAAGGUGAAAGGAUUCCAGGUGCCUCCUGCUGAACUGGAAGCCCUCUUGAGAACUCAUCCAGACAUUGAAGAAGCUGCGGUAAUUGGCGUGCCGGACGAGAGGUGCGGAGAAGUGCCUCGUGCAUUCGUCAUGAAGAAAAAAGAAAGCAAACUGACAGAGGAGGAAAUUCAGAAUUUUGUCAAGAAACAAGUGGCCGAAUUUAAGCAACUCCGAGGAGGAGUCGUAUUCGUCGACAACAUUCCUAAAAACCCGUCUGGUAAAAUACUUCGGUCGAAGCUGAAGAGUGAAUACGUGAAAUGAUGCUGCGAAGAAUGACCGGAAAGGUGUCAUUAGAUGCAUCGAACAUCGUCGGAAAAAUUUCGGCGAGAUAUCCCUGCAGGAUGUUUGAAAGCGCCGUGACGUCCGCUAAAUUUCAAACACAAUACUUUGUAAAUAUUAAAUAUAUGUAAUCGGGUGGAUGUAUUGUAAGGUCGAAUGUGUGCAAUAACGUCAUGAUGUGUUAAUUUAUGUACCUUUUGAUGAUACUAAACUAGAAUUUGUAAUUUAAGUCUCAUAAACUGAAUGCCCAUUUUAUCUGCGGAGGUUUCGCGCAUUUAUAAUACAAAUUACGUUUAACAAAAGGUCUCCGAGCCUGCCAGUUUUUAUUAUUUAAACAAAUUCAGUGCCUCGUUGCCUCCUUUGUAAAAUGCGUAGGUAUAAUAAUAAUUUUCAUACCUUGUAA